CAGGAAUUGCCCUGGUUUCCCCUCUUGACCCCGCGUAUAAUAGCAGCAUACUCGUUGGCCCAAAGCACGGCACUUCCCUUUUGACUCUUUGCAUGAUCGGCUGCCGCACCUUCUCUUCAACCCUCACUUGGCUCCAGCUCGCUUCAUCAAAAUGUCACAUCAACCAGCUUUCCACCUCCAAGGCACCGACAAUACCGCCGCCUUCGAUCCCCACUUCACGCAGAAUGUCAUCAAAGCCAUUGGCCCAAAGGCCAGUCCGCGGAUGCGCGAGGUUAUGUCUUCCCUGAUUCAACAUGUUCAUGAUUUUGCGAGGGAAAACAAGCUCACGGUCGAGGAGUGGAUGGCUGGCGUGGAUCUCCUUAACUGGGCGGGGAAGAUGAGUGACGACAAGAGGAACGAAGGCCAACUGGUCUGCGACGUCCUCGGCCUGGAAUCACUCGUGGACGAAAUCACUUUCAAACUCGCUGGAGAGGCCCACGAUACAGCAACGGCCAGUGCGAUCCUGGGACCCUUUUUCCGUCACGAUGCGCCAGAGCUCCCCAAUGAAUCAAAUAUCGUCCAUGGCGUCGACGAUGGCGAGAUGACGUAUAUGUAUGGCCACGUUCGGGACGCCAAGACCGGAAAGCCCGUUGUCAAUGCUACCGUCGAUGUGUGGGAGGCUUCCACGAAUGGGUUGUAUGAGCAGCAAGACGACAACCAAGUCGACUGCAACUUGAGAGGCAAGUUCAGGACAGACGAAAAUGGACGUUACGCGUACUACUGCCUCCGACCAACGCCAUAUCCCGUCCCAAAUGAUGGACCUGCUGGCAAGAUACUGGAACUCCUCGACCGACACCCAAUGCGGCCGGCACACAUCCAUUUGAUCGCUAUUAAAGAGGGUUACAAACCCGUCACGACACAGAUCUUCGACAGCAAGAGUCCGUAUCUGGAGGAUGACUCAGUGUUCGCAGUGAAGAGCUCGUUGCUGGUGGACUUUGUGCCUCUGGAGGGCAAUGCGCAGGCCAAGCUGCAACUGGAAUACGAUAUCACACUGAUACCUAACGAGAGUGGUGUGUAGUGUAUAUCUUAGCUAGAUUGCUAUCUGAAUUAGUAUCAAGCGCGCAAUGAUCUUUGUCCUUCACCGACUGCCAGGAGUG